GUUGGCGAGGAGUUUCCUGUUUCCCCCGCGGCGCCCGGGUGAAGUUGAGUGAGUCACUCGCGCGCACCGACCGAAGACACCCCCGCGCGCGCGCUCGCCAGGGGCAGGAGCCGGCCUCCUGCGCAGCUCCCCUCGGCCGCCGGGGGCCUCCCCGCGCCCCGCCGGCCUCUAGGCCCCCUCCCGGCUGGCGAGCGGAGCCACAUCUGGCCCGCGCAUCUGCCCGGCCGGCCGGCGCGGGGUCCCGAGAGGGCGCGGCGCGGAGGCGCAGCCGGGGCUCCGGGAGGCGCCGUCCGCUGCGCUCGGGGCUCGGUCUAUGACGAGCGGCGGGGGCUGCCAUGGGUCGGGGGCUGCUCAGGGGCCUGUGGCCGCUGCACAUCGUCCUGUGGACGCGCAUCGCCAGCACGAUCCCGCCUCAAGUUCAGAAGUCGGUUAAUAAUGACAUGAUGGUCACUGACAACAAUGGUGUCAUCAAAUUUCCGCAAUUGUGUAAAUUUUGCGAUGUGAGAUCUUCCACCUGUGACAACCAGAAAUCCUGCAUGAGCAACUGCAGCAUUACAUCCAUCUGUGAGAAGCCACAUGAAGUCUGUCUGGCUGUCUGGAGAAAGAAUGAUGAGAACAUAACACUAGAGACGCUUUGCCAUGACCCCAAGGACACCUACCAUGGAAUCGUUCUCGAAGAUGCUGCUUCUCCAAAGUGUAUUAUGAAGGAAAAAAAGGUGUUGGGCGAGACUUUCUUUAUGUGUUCCUGUAGCUCCGACGAGUGCAAUGACUAUAUCAUCUUCUCCGAAGAAUAUGCCACCAACAACCCUGACCUGUUGUUAGUCAUAUUCCAAGUGACAGGCGUCAGCCUCCUGCCACCCCUGGGAAUCGCCAUAGCCGUCAUCAUCACCUUCUACUGCUACCGCGUUCACCGGCAGCAGAAGCUGAGCCCGUCCUGGGAGACCAGCAAGCCGCGGAAGCUCAUGGAGUUCAGCGAGCACCUGGCAAUCAUUCUGGAAGAUGACCGCUCCGACAUCAGCUCUACCUGUGCCAACAACAUCAACCACAACACAGAGCUGCUGCCCAUUGAGCUGGACACCCUGGUGGGGAAAGGUCGCUUCGCCGAGGUCUACAAGGCCAAGCUGAAGCAGAACACUUCAGAGCAGUUCGAGACUGUGGCGGUCAAGAUCUUCCCUUACGAGGAGUAUGCCUCCUGGAAGACGGAGAAGGACAUCUUCUCAGACAUCAACCUGAAGCAUGAGAACAUCCUGCAAUUCCUGACGGCCGAGGAGCGGAAGACGGAGCUGGGGAAGCAGUAUUGGCUGAUCACUGCCUUCCAUGCCAAGGGCAACCUACAGGAAUACCUCACGCGGCACGUCAUCAGCUGGGAGGACCUGCGCAAGCUGGGCAGCUCCCUCGCCCGGGGCAUUGCUCACCUGCACAGCGACCACACCCUGUGCGGGAGGCCCAAGAUGCCCAUCGUGCACAGGGACCUCAAGAGUUCCAAUAUCCUCGUGAAGAACGACCUGACCUGCUGCCUGUGUGACUUUGGGCUUUCCCUGCGCCUCGACCCAACUCUGUCUGUGGAUGACCUGGCUAACAGUGGGCAGGUGGGAACCGCAAGAUACAUGGCUCCAGAAGUCCUAGAGUCCAGGAUGAAUUUGGAGAAUGUUGAAUCCUUCAAGCAGACGGAUGUCUACUCCAUGGCUCUGGUACUCUGGGAGAUGACAUCUCGCUGUAAUGCAGUGGGAGAAGUGAAAGAUUACGAGCCUCCAUUUGGCUCCAAGGUGCGGGAGCAUCCCUGUGUUGAGAGCAUGAAAGACAACGUGCUGAGAGACCGAGGGCGACCAGAAAUCCCCAGCUCCUGGCUCAACCACCAGGGCAUCCAGACGGUGUGCGAGACUCUGACCGAGUGCUGGGACCAUGACCCCGAGGCCCGGCUCACGGCCCAGUGCGUGGCGGAGCGCUUCAGCGAACUGGAGCACCUGGACAGGCUCUCAGGGAGGAGCUGCUCCGAGGAGAAGAUCCCGGAAGAUGGCUCACCGAACACUACCAAAUAGCUCUUCUGGGGCAGGCUGGCCUACGUCUGAAGGGGCUGCCCCUGUCACCAAAGAACAGAGGCAGCAGGAGGCUGCCCCUGAACCUGAAGCAAUGCUUCCUGGAAGCCCAGGGGGUCACUGCCCUCCCUGUAAGCUGGUGGGGAUGAGCAGAACCACCAGCAGCCGGGAGUGGGUGACAUGAAGCAUUCUAGGCCUUUGACAUUGUCAUAGGAUAAGCUGUGUUAGCACUUCCUCAGGAAAUGAUAUUGAUUUUUACAAUAGCCAAUAACAUUUGCACUUUAUUAAUGCCUGUAUAUAAAUAUGGAAUAGCUCUGUUUUAUAUAUAUAUCUAUAUAUGUCUAUAUCUAUAUAUAUAUACAGCCAUACUCUGAAAAGAGACAAGGAAAAUAAAAUCAAAUAUCCCA